AUGGCUAGCCAGACGCGCCACACCGCCUCGUCGCCAACAUCCGCGCUCAGCGGCGCAACUUCUCCCAUAGGUCCAUCCUCAUCCAAUCCACGGACAAGAUUCGACGCAGCACAACUACAGCCACAUCUCGCCAGCACCCUGUCACAACGACUGCGCAGUGCAUCAUGGGACAAGUCGGACAAGGAAAAGAACCGCGCACUGAGCCGGUCCAUAGCUGAAGUCAUCAAGAGCAAGAUGCUUGAGAUCGAGCCAAAAGGCUUCAAGUACAUUGUCCAGGUCCAGCUCGUCGAGAAUCUAGGGCAAGGCGGAAGCGUGAUCCAAGACAUGUAUUCCAACGACACGCUCAUCUGCACCGUCUUGUGUUUUGCCAUCCGCGCAUGA